AUGAUUCAAUUGUUGAACCUUAAAGGUAUGUUUAGGGGUGCAACUGGUGAUGAUGCAAAUCAACACUUGAUGAAUUUUGUGGCUAUCUGUAAGUCACAAGAGAUUCUUGGGGUCAACCAAACAACAAUGAGAUUGAGGCUAUUUCCAUUGUCUCUUACUGGAGAGGCGACUAACUGGUUAAAUGAGAUGCUAGAUGACUCCAUCAGAACUUGGAAUGAGUUGAACGAAGCUUUCCUAGAACGAUUCUUCCCAGAAUCAAAAGAGUUGCAGAUGAAGGACGAGAUUAGUACACACAAGCAGCUACCAGGAGAAGCAAUGCAUGAUACUUGGUGGAGGUUCAGUCAAAAUUUGAAGAAAUGCCCCAAGCAUGAUCUUACCGAAAGGCAUGUUAAACAAGCCUUUUAUAGGUCUCUGAAUUAUGUUACUAAACAUGUUGUUGAUGCAGUUUGUGGAGGCUCAUUUAUGAGGAAGUCAUUUGCGGAGAGCAUACAACUAUUGGAUGAGGUCUCAAAGAAUAACAGAGCAUGGUACACUAGAGAUGCAGAGGUAGGAGAGUUUGGGUAUAAAUUUGAGCUUUCAGCUGAACAGAGGAAGAAAGAAGAAGAAAGGGACCAAGACAUGGCUCAUAUGAGGACUCAAAUAGACCUGCUCACAGAUCACAUUGUUGCCAAGUCUGAAAAGGUGAAUGCUGUGGGACAACAUAACAGGUAUGAAGAUCAGAAUCUUGACAUUGAUGAAGAAGCUAACUAUUUGGGAAACCAAGGAGGUUUCCGAAAUUAUAACUCUGGAAAUCAGGGUUACAAUUCUGGAAAUGCAGUUCGGAGCUAUACUAGGGAUGGUCAGUAUGAAAGGCCAGCAAAUAGAUAUCAAGAAAACUGGCAAAACAGAGAUGGGUAUAGGAAUGAUCGCAGUGGUGUAUAUGUACCUCCAGGUAAUAGAGACCGGGCGAGGGGGUAG